AUGGAAGCGGACGGUUUCGUGUCCCGGCGAACGUCCGUGGAAACACCGGGCGUCGACAGCCGGGUCUCAGGCGCUGCAGCCGGGACAGAGUUUCGAUGGCUGGGCGGCAGGCUCCUGGAAGCCACGGGAGGAUUUGUUGGGUCUUUUUCUCCGAGAAUGGCAGGGGAGCCGGACUUUUCCUCGAUGUUGCAUCGAGCAACUCCGGAGACCUCGACCUCCGUGGAGCCAGAAAUAGACUAUGAAGGGCUGCCUCAUGGAGCAGCCACCAGCACUCACAUGCUGGCAGGAGCCGUGGCUGGAAUCAUGGAACACUGCCUUAUGUACCCAAUCGACUGUGUCAAGACCCGCAUGCAGAGCCUGCACCCCGAGCCGGGAGCGCGCUACAGGAACGUGAUGGAUGCCUUGCGGCAGAUUGUGCGGACUGAAGGCGUGUGGCGGCCGAUCCGAGGUGUGAAUGUGCUGGCAGUGGGGGCGGGGCCUGCCCAUGCGCUCUACUUUGCCUGUUACGAAAAGAUCAAGUUUUCACUCAGUGACGCCAUUCACCCUGGGGCCAACAGCCACUUUGCAAAUGGCUUGGCGGGCUGCAUGGCCACAGUGCUGCACGACGCGACCAUGAACCCAGCUGAAGUUGUGAAACAGAGAAUGCAGAUGUUCAACUCUCCUUACCGUGGUGUGAUUGACUGUGUAAGGUCUUUGUGGAGGACCGAUGGCCCUGCUGCUUUCUACCGCAGCUACACCACCCAGCUGACCAUGAACGUGCCCUUCCAGGCACUCCAUUUCAUAACCUAUGAGUACCUCCAGGAGCUCCUCAACCCCCACAGACAGUACAACCCCUCCUCUCAUGUUGUAUCAGGGGCGCUGGCUGGAGCCCUGGCCGCCGCUGCCACCACUCCGCUCGAUGUCUGCAAGACCCUCCUCAACACACAGGAGGCUCAGGCCAUACAUGUCAUCCAGGCUGAGGCUGCAACAGCAGCCGGAGCGGUUGGAGCAGCCACUGCCUCGGCCUCUGGCAGCCGCCACAUCACUGGUCUUGGCGAGGCUUUUCGGACGGUGUACAGGAUGGGAGGCAUGCCGGCCUUCUUCAAAGGCGUUCAAGCGCGGGUCAUCUACCAGAUGCCCUCCACAGCCAUCAGCUGGUCCGUCUACGAGUUCUUCAAAUACAUCAUCACCAAGCGCCAGCAUGAGAGACGGCUGCGUGGAGAUCGUGACAGCGACAAGUGAACACCUGGCCGUAGCAUUGGGUAUCGACACACAGGUUUAUCACACCGUUAAGAUCAUGGUUAUCAGUAUUGGUUACAAAACAUCUAAAGGUUUGAAAAGCUCCAGAAUUUUUAGAUUCAUUGAGCAAAGUUUUAUUUUGUUUACUGAGAUCUAUUAAUUGCGGUCUGAUCUAGUUCAUAGCAGGUGAGGGAACGUACAACUGUUAGGCGACAGCUUGUCUUGAAUGCUUCAUUAUUAGAUGUGGGGUUGACAAAGUGUCCAUCAGUAAUCAGGGAAGAAAACGGCCUUGAAAUGGCUGAAAGGAAGUUCCAGCUCCCUAAAUUCUGAUGCUUUAACUCAUUUUCAUUUUAGUGUUUAACUUGACAGACCCCCUGGUUCUGAAAUUGGCUUUCAAAAAGCUUAUUAUUUAUGGAGCGUAACGCACACUAAAAGCAAUGUUGAAUUUUGCUGUUUGAACAAGGAAAUGCUCACUUCCCAUCAGCUACCUUCAGUACAGUUUGAUGCAAUAAGACAGCUUUGUUUUAGCUCCAAACUCAAGUACAUUGGAUCAAAACAACAAGACUGACUCUGGUAUUAAAGUGCUGACAUUGAGCUUUAAUUCGAGGGUGUUUACAUUGACUUACAAUGAGCUGUGUAGAAAUUGUAGCAUAUUUUUUAAACAUACCCCCCAAAAGGAUAAAAAGGGCUAGAAAUCCUAUGCUAAUGGGGGAAAGUCAGCACUUAAACCUCAUGCUUACAAUCCAGUGUGUUUGAAUACAGAGCCAAAACAAAUCCCUGAGCAUGUUCCUCAGAACUGCAUCAUAAACUGUGUUAAUGACCCUCUCUUAACAGCAAAUGUUGCUCUACUGGAAAGUAUUACCACAAUAUUACCUUCUGACCACAUGGGGGCGCACAGCUCAACCUCUACACAAUGGAGAAACAACUGGAGGUUACAGAAUCAGCAAGAUCAAAUUAGUUUUAUAAUGCUUGUGCUGGUGUACAGUAACGCUCCACUCAGAGGAACGAACAGAAACAUAUUAUAGACAGUUUAUUUUAAAUGAAACACGGAUUUACAUGAAAUUCAGAAUUAGUUUUGGAUUGAAGAUACUCAAGUAUUCGACACUUGAGUGGAGCAGAUGUAUGAGUGAGUGUAUGUGUGUGCAUGUGUGUGUGUUACAGUGACUGGAUGAGUGAAUAUGGGGUGGACUGGAUCAGUGUCAUAAAGCUCAGUGGUGACUGACCAGAUUUGAUCUCAAAAAAAGUCCUGUCACGGUAACUACUUUUAUUGGGUGAUAUCUUGUUCCUAAAUUAAUUGUGAUAAACCAUAUUUUUGUCCUUUUCAGACUGUUAAUGCCUCUGAUAUAAAAAGGCCUAAUAAUACAAGUAUACUUGUUGUUCUAAAGAAUAUUCAGACAUUGGAAAGUUUAAAAAAUAUUAAACAUAUUUUGAAAAGAUUCUCAAACUUUGUGAUUUUGGGCUACUCAUAUAAAGAAACAUCUAUAUAAAUCAUAGUUUCUUUAUACAAGUAGCCCAAAAUCACAAAGUUUGAGACUUAAUACAAAAUUUGACCAACAAAACCAAAACCAAGUGAUGCCUGUUGCGACUAACGAACACAGCAGUUACCUCCAGAAUCCAGCCAGUGUGCUGCAGUCAGCUCCCAGGGAUGGACACUGGGUGGUUUGCUGGUGGAUUUACAGAGUGGAGGAUGAAGUUGUAAGGGGUAAAAGUACGAAUGACAGACUUCAUGGCUCGUUGCUAGGGCUUGGCAAGCUGAUAACUAUCAGGACUGUGCCUCUUCCCCAGGAAAAGUGCAGCUGCUGGUUAUUAGUAAGCUAAACUGCGUCAUCUUUGAAGUGUUUUUAUUUUUCAGUCCCUUCAGGACUCGUAACAGUUGAUGCAAAUUCAGCAAAUCCCCAUGAAGGCUGCGUGGCCCUGCAAUGUUGUCCAAUCUCUGCAACUUAAACCGCAAAUGUGACUAUUUAAAAUGGGUAAAAUCUAAUUUCAUCAUAGGGCUGCAUGCAGUGUAUUGAUUCACUCAGCCCCUCUUCCUCCUUCAACAACAUGAGACUGCUGCUGCAGGACUGGAGCUCUGUGCCUGGGAGGACAGAGUCACACACAGUGACACGGCUAACUGUUAGCAUCACAUAACGUAACCCAGCGCUUAAUAGGUUUAACAACAGAGUCGAGCCGUUUCGGUGUUAGCAUUAGAUUAACGGCUUGGUGUCAGAUGUUAAACGCUGCUGCCAGGCUUCUGCCUUAGCAUCAAAAUAUUACGAGUUGGGAUGAGAUCACGCUGUGCUGUGUUAGCUCAUGCUCUCCAGGCAGAGAGCAGAAAGAAAGUGGCUCACGGAGACAGCUCUUCGGCACUGAGUCGAGCAGCUGAUCGGUGGUGAUCAGCUGUAAAUGCAAUUUUCACUUAUCCCUGUAUUUUCGUCACACAAAAAAAACACCUAUAAACACUGCAACAUGUAUCGCAGUGUUUUAGAAAAGCUGCUGUGAAAUCAGUCAUCUCAGGUUGCAACAAUCCCCAAAAAAACCUGCAACAUUCUGGAGGAACUGAUUUGUCUUCGGACUCACUCAAGUAGGUGACGGUGUAGAGAAGAAAAAAGGGCAAACUGCUGCAUCAUGUCUUUUAAUUGUUAGGAAAACCCUUCUGUUUAUUCUGGCAUCAUUUUGGAUCGAUAUCAUGGUCAGCAAACAAUCAUGGUCUUGUCCAUAUAUCACACAAUAACGUUAUUAUCGUGACAGGCUUAAUCUCGUCACAGCCUAACUGAGCUGUCCACUUUGUGUUGUCCUUCAAAGUAAGAUGCAGUCACAUAAAAUAAAAGUGGGUCAAAAUAAUAAUUUUGUCUGGUUAGCAUCAGACUACGGUAACAUUUCUCUAAAGGACAAUAUGAAACUAGUUAUUACAUUAACAGCUCCAUGUUGUCACUUUAGUAAUUUAGCACCAGGUGCUUUCAAAUCCACGCACAUCUACAGAUUGUCUCUGGGUGGAGCCAUUAGGGUGCUGCACACAUCACUGAUAGGCUUGUAGACUCAUGCUGGUACAUUUGAAAUUAGGUUUUUGUUGUAAAGCAACAUAUUCAUCACAUGGAUGUCCUCGGUUAACAAAAUAUUAACACUCCUACAAACUGGACAUUUUCAUUUCAUCCAGGAAAGAGUUUAUAAACUGAGGAUUUCGUGCCUAUGUGGUGUUUCUGAACAAGAAUCUUUUUCAACAGACUUAACAAAGGCCGCGUGAGUAUUUACCUUCGACAGUCACUUUUAUGUUUAGUUUUAUUUUAUGUUUUUUAAACGCACAGCAUCCUAGCGCUUAUAGCAACCUCUUUAUCACUCAUAGGAGCAAAUAAGUUAUUCAUUAAAACAAGUACACAGAAUAAAUUAACAUUACUUGUACACAUGCCUUCAGUUAGCCGCCAUACAUUCAACGCACAACUACUACAAACAGAUCCUCAGAUAGACAUGUAAUAUUGAAGCCAUAAAAGAGGGUUAAAUUGUACAUAUUAUAUAUAUGAAUAAAUAUGGACAAAUAUAGAUGAACCCAAACUCUAACCAGCUAAGUUUUGAAGCUAACCUGUAUGUUGAAUUAUACAAAAAUGAAGACUACGCUGUAAAAAAAAAAUCAGGUAUUUGAAGGCGGCCUAUGAAACCCUCCCCUGGAAGGUUGCACAUAAGGAAAACCUGGAUUAUUUCAAAUUCAGACAGACCAUAUGAGAGUGGAAAAAACUGAGUGGGUAAAGAGUAUUUAAAAAAUGAUCGUAGGAGUGUUGCUCAUGUGAAGCCAAGUUUCAAGAUUGGGAAACCAAAGACUGAGAGCAAUAGAGGGAGGAACAGGAGAGGAACUUGUGGUUUGUCAGAUGACGGCACUAAUGUGAAAUGCUUGAACACUGUUUGAGAGCAACACCUGUAUUUUGUGAAUUGUAAAUAAACUCGCUAAGGCAGCUCCUCGCAGAAGCAGGGUCUUCUCUUGGUGCUGGCUCUCAAAGCGCUGAGAGAACUGAA